AUGCUGGCAUGCAUUUUGCAGGUUGCGGCGGUCUCUCAUCGUGCACCUCCUGCAAUACGUCGGGCGGAUGUUUCAGUUGUCACUCAGAUGUCGUCUAAGCAGCUGGCUGAUCUGGCGCCAUAUACUCAAUUUGCUCGUGCUGCUUACUGUUCGCCUACUAUCGUAACUGGCUGGCAGUGUGGUCAGGCUUGCGAUGCGGUGCCUGACUUUGAGGUUUCUCUCACAGGGGGUGACGACGACAGUAUCCAAUAUUACUAUGUUGGUUACUGGCCGACAGAAAAUACCGUGAUAGUUGCUCAUGAAGGCACAGAUCCAACCCAACUCCUAUCUGAUCUCACUGAUGCCGAUGUAUUGAUGGAACCCCUGGACCCCACACUUUUCCCCGGUGUCGAUAGCAGCGUUGAGGUUCACAGCGGAUUUGCCAAUGAGCACGCGCUAACUGCGAGCAUAAUCUUGAACGAGGUGAAGAGCCUGAUCUCUCAGUAUAACGCCAGCAGUGUCACGCUGGUCGGACACUCCCUGGGAGCCGCCCUUGCGGAGCUUGAUUGUGUGUUUAUGGCCUUGAACCUUCCCUCUAGUAUCGCUAUCAAAGGUGUGACAUAUGGCACACCCCGCGUAGGAAAUCCAGCAUGGGCCGCUCUUUUUGAUUACCUGAUAUCAGACUUCCAACGCAUCAACAAUGAGAAGGACAUUAUCCCGAUCGUUCCGGGGCGCUUCAUGGGCUUCUCACAUGUCCAGGGAGAAGUCCACAUUGUAUCUGAUGGAUACGCAGUCCAGUGCCCAGGCGAGUACAAAAUUGGCCUUUUCGGACAUGAUUGUGACGACGAUGCCACGGAUGCUCUGUGCACAAUACAGAGUGUGCCCAACAUCCUUGUGGGCAAUAUCUUGAACCACUUGGGUCCAUACGAGGGGAUUUAUAUCGGCACGAUCUUUUGCACAUGA